AUGACUUACCAGUCUUUAAUGUUGGAUUUGUUAAAAGAUGAAACUACCUAUUUAGAAAUAGAUGCAACAAGAAUGACAAGAAUUAUAGCUGGAGCUCUGGGUGAGACUGUUCUCCAUGUUGCUGCCAUGUAUGAUAAUUUUGAGGCUGCACUUAUUAUCCUGAAGACUGCUCCAAGUUUGAUCAAUGAGCCAAUGACAUCAGAACUUUACGCAGGAGAGACGGCCCUUCAUAUUGCUGUGUUGAAUCAGAAUGUGAAUCUUGUGAAAGCUUUGAUCCAGAUGGGAGCUGAUGUUGCCUCACCUCGUGCUGUGGGAUCUUUCUUCAGGAGAAGUCCUCAGAACAUGAUCUAUUAUGGAGAACAUAUCUUAUCGUUUGCUGCUUGUACUGGAAAUGAAGAAAUUGUAAAACUCCUCAUCAAAAAUGGUGCAGAUAUCCGGGCACAAGACUCGUUGGGUAACACAGUUCUCCACAUCUUGACUCUGCAGCCCAAUAAAACCAUUGCCUGCCAGAUCUGUGAUGUCAUAUCAUCCUGUGAUAAGGACAAGACUGGACCCCCCCUGAAUGAGAUCAGCAAUCACGAUGGUCUGACUCCAUUCAAGCUGUCAGCUAUGGAAGGAAAUGUGGUGGUGUUUCAGCACCUGGUGCAGAAGAGGAAACGUUUUCAGUGGUCUUAUGGAACUCUGACAUCUAAUAUCUAUGACCUUUCAGAGAUUGACUCGUGGGGCAGUGAACUCUCCAUUCUUGAACUUCUAGUUACCAGCAAAAAGAGGGAGGCACGUCCAAUUUUGGACAUGACUCCUGUGAAAGAACUGGUUAGCUUGAAGUGGAACAAGUAUGGUAAACUGUACUUUCGUCUCCUGUGUUUACUUUACCUAAUCUAUAUUUCAGUCUUCACUGCCUGCUGCGUCUACCGUCCUCUAGCACCACGUCUGACUAACCGAACUGAUCCAAAGGACAUGACCAUCUUUGUUGAGAAACCGCUGGAGGAUUGUUACACUACAAAAACGGAUCAAAUCCGCCUCAUUGGAGAAAUCAUAUCCAUCAUAGGGGCAGUGAUUAUAUUAAUAAUAGAGGUACCUGAUAUGAUCCGAUUUGGAGCAAAGAGGUUCUUAGGACAAACUGUUUUAGGAGGUCCUUUCCACAUAAUACUAAUGUGCUAUGCUGGGUUGGUACUUGCUACGCUAGUGCUAAGAUUAACCAGUCUAGACGGUGAAGGUGGAACAAUGUCAGUCGCCCUGGUCCUGGGUUGGUACUAUGUUUUGUAUUUUGCAAGAGGCUUUGAGAUGCUGGGCCCAUUCAACAUCAUGAUCCACAAGAUGAUAUUUGGUGACCUAAUGAGAUUCAUCUGGCUCAUGUUCAUGGUGGUGAUGGGGUUUACAGCAGCCUUUCACGUAAUAUUUCAGACUGAGGACCCCAGUGGCAUUCCACACUUCACCUCCUUCCCAAUGGCACUGUACAGCACCUAUGAACUGUUUGUGACCAUCAUUGAUGGCCCAUCUAACUACAAUGUGAAUGUGCCAGCUAUGUUCAUGGCUCUUUAUACAGCCUUCUCUAUCUUUGCCACCCUACUGAUGGUCAACCUAUUAAUAGCCAUGAUGGGAGAUACACACUGGCGGGUAGCGAGGGAGCGCCAUGAACUUUGGAGAGCACAGGUAGUAGCAACAACUAUUAUGCUAGAACGUAGACUUCCAAGGUUCCUUUGGCCACGAUCCGGGAUUUGUGGAGAAAGAUAUGGGUUAGGAAAGAGCUGGUAUCUAAGGGUGGAGUCCAGGAAUGACUCUGCUGCACUGAAGAUCCGUCGUUAUGCUGGGGCCUUCUCAUACAAUGAUAAGGAAGACACCAUGAAAAGUCCUCAAGAAGAAGAAUGUCUCCCAGUAGCACAAAACCCAGCUCAACUUUCUGUUCAGCCACUUAUCAGAAACACGGCUCAGCGCAAAUCAUCGCGUGGCUGGGAUAUUGUUCGUAAUGCAGCAGCAUGUAAGAUAUUUACAGAAGAGGGCAGUGAGCUGCAGGAGGAGAUCUAUCAUUUGUAACAAGCCUUCAGAAAGUACUGAUUUUUCCAUGAGAAGUAUGUCUAGACAUCUUUCAGGUGUUCUGUCAGAGCUGAAACUGCAGUCCCUGGUUGUCAAUCAUGACUUCAACAUUUUGCACAAAAAUGCCUCAGUGAUUUUGUGUUCAUAUGUACUCCAUAUGUUUUCUUCUUUAUGAAGCUUAGCAGCACAUUCAAAUAUUUUUUUAACAUGUAUAAUAAAAAUAUUUUAAUACUAUCCAGAAAUGUGCUUUUGGGAUUGUCUGCUGCCUGUUGAUGCAGUAUUUUGAUGUCACAAAAACAGGCUAAUAAUGGAAUCCAGAAUUAAUUCAUGUUUUACAUUUCAAACUGUUAUAUUUCAGUUAGUUUUUAUGUUUUUUGUACGGAUAUAUUUAAUUGCUUUCAUUGCUUGUUUCCUUUCACAUUAGAAGGAAGAUUGUCUGGGCAGACUAUAGAGUAUCACAUCAGCUUUGAAUCAGCCUUCCAUGAUGUUUUUCUACAUCGAGAAUGAAGUGUUGCUGGAGCUUUAGACCCUUGGUUUGUAGUGUACCAAUGUCAUAGGUUAUAUCACUGCAAUCUGUCACAUAUACAGUAAGAUGCAGUAAAUGUGGGUUUCAGAGAUGCAUAAACAGGUGUUGAGGCAGCACAGAGGUGGAAUGCCUGGUUUGUACCUUUAUAACAAUUAAGGAUGGAAAGAAAGAGGAAGAAGCGUAUAUAAAACUUGAAUGAAUUCCUUGUUUGUAAUCGUGCUUAGUAUAUAAGAGGGACAUGCAGAUGGCACAUUUUCUAUACAGUGUAUAGCUGUUGACACAGUAUUGGAACACAAAGCUAUCUGGCAUUAUGGAAAAGAAGGGCCGAGCCUGCUGAGGGUCUUCACAGAAUGCUUGAUUGACCUGAGGUAGACAUGAGACCUCUUAAGACUGCCUUUAAAUCCAGGAAUAUAAAAUCAAAUAGGCAGGACAGUAUUAACUAGAAAUUAUAUUUCUUUGCACAAUCCUCAAAACUACAUAGAUAUGAGGAUCGUGUUAUUUACUGAAUGUAUGUAUUCCAAGAAGUUUCAACUAAACAGUAAUGUCAGUUUAAAACUACUGAAAUUUUUAAAAUGGCUUCCUGUCUUACUACUGCUUGCAUUUUUGUCAUGAAGGUAAUAUUAAAUUAUGCACAUUUAAUUCCGUUAAUUUAUUAUACGCAUAUUGUUUAGAUAAAAUAUAUAUGUAGUUUUUAUUGUAUAAUUUCUUAUGCAUUUCUAUGAACUGUUUUAGAAUUUAGGUUAUAUUGAAGCCUGAACUGUUAUUUGGAACUACUUUUCUGAGUGAAGUGUUUUGUAAAAGUAAUUCUUUUACACCAGAUCAAUUCAAUCCUUGGAACUUCUGCCUAGGCUGUUUGCCAUAUUCUAUCUUCUAUUUUUAUGACAAGUAGUAUUCAUUUAACAUGUUAUUUUAUUGCUAAUUAUAUGCAGCCUAAAUUGUUUUCUGACUUUACAAGUAUUUAACACACGAGUCAUCUGAUGUUUUUUCCAUAUACUGCUUAGAACUUCCACCAGCAUUUCAGAAGUCUGCACUUUAUCAUAGUACCUCCUUGCAAUUUCUUACUAUUGAACAAAGUAGGACUGAGUUACUUCUCUGUUUAAAUAUAUAUAUAUAUAUAUAUACAUUUCCUUGUUUAAAAGAAGAAAAGAAAAUUUGGCAUGCACUGAAUAUUUUCAGUCAUCCUUCCAAGGAUGUUAAGGUUCCUAAACAUUUUCAAGUAUUUCAGUUUUACAGAGGUUAUAUUUUGCUCCUGUUUAAAGUUAUUGUGUUGUGUUACUUUAUGGUCAUUUGUGAUUUGACCAUAGUGACUGUCAAUUAAUACUAAUGUAUUUUGUGACAUGUAGUGCCCUGUUUGGCUGCUAUUAAUGGAGUUUCAUAACUUUCCACAGUAUGGCUAUGAACAGCACUGCUUUUUGUUAAUGAUUAGGACAAAAUUUAGAAAAAUUAUGCAAAUCUGAAGGAACCUUAAACAUUUUAGUUAGCAGGACUGGGAUGACUGGUUAUCCCUACAUAUUUGUAGAUAAAAAAGUAGCCCUGUUAAGCCUAAAUGUAGUGUACAGAUGUAGUGAAUAACCUUGUUGAAGCACAGUAGACUUAAAAAAAAAAAAAAAAAAAAAAAAAAAAAAAAUGCAUAUGUGAAGUACUGGAUGCACUUACUUGGCGGUUCAAACUGUCUCAAUAGUUUGUUUAAUCUCAGCUCACAAAUCCGUAGCAGUUUAGUAAUAUGUUUGAUAAACUUUCAAAAAAGAGAUUUAGUGUACAGCAACUAAUUUUAAAUUGCAGGUGGAGAUUUAAAGAUCAGGAACUACCCCUACAGUAGGUAAAGGCCCACAUUUUAAAAAUUCUUUGAGGAAGGUUAUUUGACAUUAGUCGACUGAAGCUCACAGAUAUUGAGAUAUUUGAGAAUAGCUUAACAAAGCCAUCAGGAAUGAUAUUAAGUGUAGAACAAAUAAUUGUUUGAAAUUACAGGGAGGAUUUUAAAACACAGGAACUCACCAUACAGGAGAAAUACAUGCAAGCCCUUGUAAUUGUAGGAAUAUAACUCUGUAUAAGCAGAUUACACAACUUAGACAAGAAUGUAAGGCUUUACUUUUUAGUAGCAUCUAGUCUUGAAGGAAGCAAUUCACUGGGAGAAGAGUCUUGCUUCACUCUAUUAGUCUAUAAUCUUAAAAAAUGAAGGGCAAAAUGGCUAUAACUCUAUUAAAGAUGUAAAUGGUGUUUCCAAGUAUGCCUUUCAUAGCACUAGUUUGAUGUUAGAUAUGCUUCCCUUUCACAUACUAAUCCUAUGGCAGGAAUACUGUAGUAGAUGUCCAACAGUUGGUCUUACCACAUAUCUCGGGCACAAACGGAAUCUUUCUUAAUCAAAAUAUCACAUUGAUAAAAAUUUGAAGUCCAUUUGAAAGCUAUCUAAUGGCAAAUAUCCAAGUUCAGUUGGCCUUUUGACAUAUUUUAUAACACCUAUGUUGGUCAUUUAACCCAUCUUACAUGUACUAUUUCACCAGGCAGAAGUUAUGGUUAACUAACGUUUAGCUGAAUGUUUAGAAAACUGUCUCCCAUUUUGAACUCAUCUAUCACAGAAGGGAUUAAUAUAAGGUGAUUGGUGGAGCAGAACAUAUAAUAUGUUUCUGCUGUAUUAUGCUAAUUUCUCCUCUCCAGUUGCAGCUAUUCUUCUGGAUUUGAAAUGGCAAGCCAGUAGAAUGGAUAUUUCUUUGGGAUACAUUACAAACAUUUGGUUAUCAGUGGCCCUUCAUUGUAUGAAUGUCACUUGUUAUGUCUGUAUCCUUACUCUCAAGUAAUUACUAAUUGUGUGGGAUCCUCUUCCUUCUGACUGGAAAGGGGCACUAGACAGGGAUGCCUACUGUGCCUAAUGUUUUUCUUGACUAGUAAGGCACUAGCUGUCUAUUUCAGACAGUACCUUGAAUCGCCUGGUCUCAGAAUAUGGUAUUCCACUCACACAGUCACACCUUCCUGGUUUGAGGAUGAUCUUGUAGUGUAUGAAUGUACAAACCAUAGGUUAACAUGCUUCUUAAGCCAGUUUGUUAACCUUUCUGUUUUACAUUCACAAUAUUGAUUGAUCAGUGUUUUCCCUCUUAAUUAUACAUGCAUUCAACAAAAUUCAUGUUUAGGGGCUGAAGGAAUCUUUUUCAACAGGACAUGAAUAUAGAGUAUUUAACCUCACUUGUAAGUUAUGACACAGAUUGAUAUUAAAAUGCAGCUAUUGCUGCAAGGUAUUUAAAUGGAGGUCAUGUCUGACAGUCUUAUCCAAAAUUAGUGCAAUUAAAUCAUUUUGAUUUGUCAAAUCCCUCUUCAUAGCUUGUCAUCUACCUAAUAUACGUGAUACCCAAAACUGAUAAUGGGAUGCAAGUUUUCUACAUAUUUCUAAACAAAACCUAAUGUUGCCGAUACACAAGGUAGUGUGGGUACUCCAGAUUUUUAUUCCAGCUCAGUAGCUGUUUAUUUGUGACAUCAGGCUAGAACAUUUGCUGUAUUCUAUCUGUUUGCAAAGAUAAUUGGCCAUAAUACAUGCUACACUAAAAUCAGAUAAGUCAGAAGGCAUAAAUGAAAUGUGGGAUCCAAGAGGCCUUGAAAAUAUCAUCCAGAAGUACUGUUUGGGGCAUAAAGACUAUAUGGUUCUGUUUUGCUCUUGGAUAAAAUAUGGGAGUCAGCCCUAUACAAUGUGGAUCCCACCAAUCAUUCACUGGAACUCUGGCAUCAAUAAAGGUUGUGUAUUUUGGUCUGCCUGAUAACAUGUUCAAGUAACAUGUUUCUGUCCUGUCAAGCAUAUGUGGAAACUUCUCCAUCUACUACAAAACAGAGAUUGGAAGACUUAAAAGGAAGAUUCUUUUCUCACAACUGCCAUGUACUUACUGUAGGGUUACCUUUCUAGGGUUGCAGCUGUAAACCAUUAGCACAGUUCAAUGCUGGGUAUACCAAAGCAGCUAUUAUCUUAUUUGUACAUAUGUGUCAUUAUGAAGCAUACGCUGACAAUGCCAAACCUGAAACAUACUUGGGACAAAGCUCCGGUUACUUAGUUUUUUCUUAAAUUCAGUGGGUGCAAUUACUGUUAAGCAUCUUCAUUCCUCAUCUAACAUACACAUGCUUUAAAGUGUCACAGCUAUCCAGUUAGACUUGUGCAGAGGGAUAUUAUAUUUUGAAAGCACUUGAAGGAUAUGUUGACAUGUAUGAUUUUUGAGAAAUUCACAGUUGUAGAUUAGUCUAUCUUUGUCUCAAAUGGUAUACUUGGGCUUCCAAAGUAAGAUAGGAAAUCACUUGUCUUCAUAGCUCAUUUGCCUAAUAUGUUAAAAUCCAGGAAUAUAGAAUAUCCCAUCAGUGCAAGAUACAUGAGAAAAGUUUGUAAAGCCUCUAAUCAGGCAUUAUGAAAUAUCUUCUUCAUGUGAGGUGAAAAGCAUUUGGAUUCUUGGAAUGGAAUCCCCUAGUUUUAUGUUCAGUAAAAAUGAAAUCAUUGACUGAGGCUUGUUUUUUUGGUCAUGGAAUUUCUUCUCACAUUUGCACUUUAUAGUCAUGGACUUUGCCAUAAUUACAGACAAAAUGUCAGUAUUUUAAAGUGUAAUAGUUUUUUGUCUGUUUUUCUAUUUUGCUUAGACGACCCUGAUUGAUUCUUCUGUAAUUAAUAUAACCGGAAUAUUAAUAUUUUAUGUAUAUAGUCUUAAUGAAAUGGUGUAAGUUUGUUGCACUGUAAUAUUAUUAGUGUGUUAGAUUAUUAUUCUAAUAAGAGUUAUUGAAAAAUGUGACUUAAGUGAAUGAUAUCUUGAAGUUAACUCAGGAAAAAAAAAAACCUUUCCUCAGCUAUGUGCGACUUUGUGAAUGGAAUAAUUCAAUCAUCAGGGUUUGCCACUCUGCAAAAAUGUAGCUGUUUUCUUUCUCUUGAGUAUUUGGCUUUAUAUAGAGUCCCUUUUAUUUUUUCCCUUUCAGUCUGUCUUCUUAGGUUUGGCAGUUGUAUUGAUAGGAUUCUGAAUGGGAAUUGAUAUGUCUUCCUUUCUGCAUUUUAUUAAUGUUUGGUAAUCUCACCAAACUAAUGUAAUUUAAUUUGUUCAGUAACUAGCAUCUUUUAAAUUGCUAAGAAUGUCAUUGUGAUAAUCUGAUAAAGCAAAUGCAAUCCUAUAUAUUUAUUUAAGCACAGCUUUACUGUAAAAUGAUUAAAUACUUUUUAGUAAACUCACUUUAUGUUGAUCAUUAACACAGUAAACUGUCUGACGUGUUACAGAACAAAUGUUACCCUGUAAUGGAUGCAGGUGGGAAUGUUGCAUACACCGCAUCAUCCACACUGAGAUUUGUAACAGAUGCAUUUUAAAUGAAUUGUUGCUUGAUCACUAAAUAGUUGUUCAUAACCACCAACGACAUCACAAAAACGUAAUGAUGUGAUACAGUAUAACAGAAUAGGUAAGUUAGAUACCAUGCUGAAGUAUGUUGCACAUGUUAAACCUGCUUGCUAAAAAUAUGCAAUGUAUAGAAAACUUGAUGUAUCCAAGAUAUAAAAUAUAAUGACCGUAUUUUACUGUCACUGUCAGUGUUAGGCAGUGUACCCACUGUUUGUUGCUGUUUUAUAUUCUCUCAUUUAUUGUCACAUAAGUUUCAGAAUAGAUAGAUGCUCAAUUUUAUACUGCUCUGCAAAAGAUUCUCUUAAUUUUUGCCAUGGGUUAUGUGUUGUAGGAUAUUUUGGUUUCAUUGUUUGUUGUAUAGUCUUCCCCAAGACAUAUUGUAUUUGGGUAUUAAUUGCACUAAAUUGUAUAUGUGGUCAUUUUAAACAUGAAUGCUGCUACAAAUAGUUGUGUUCAAGUACACUGUUAAAUGGCUGCUGCAUUUCGUAUUACUUGUGUCUACACUGGACAGUUUUGUUACAUUUUUAUGCUGAAUAGUUGUUUGCAGCAUGUCAUACUUCGUCUUAUUUCUUAGUAUCUGUAGUGUGUUUUAUAAUGAUGGUAAGUUGUUUUUGUUGCACUACUGUUUUAUAUUCGGCUUACUUUGUCUUGUAUCUUCCUGUUCUGGUUUAUGUAGUACUGAAGUGGUACAACUUCUGCAUGUGCUCGACUUUACACUUAUCUAAUGUACUAACAUUUAUACUGUUGAAUACACACAGGACUCAUAACUGUCAUCACAUUUAACAGACAUGUCAAUUAAAAGUAACUGAAUCUUUAAAGGUGUUAAAUUAUGAUUUUGAGGUUGUUUUGUGUCUACUUUGCUCAGCAGCUUUCAGAACGUUAUUUUUGCAUAACUCGUUUUAAUUAUCAUACAAAUUCGGUUUCAUUUUGAGUUCAGUAUUGAGUGAAGAAAAUAUAUGUAAAAAAAUUGAUAUUUUUGAAAAAUAAAUUAUUGAAUGUUUUGAUAUGAUUUA